AUGGAGAUACAGAGAUCAGAGCCGAGGAGCUGGAAGGAGGAAGAGGAUGAAGAGCAGAUGAUGAUGGUGCAGGUGGAGGACGGAGGAUACGAGUCUUCUGUCUCUCAGGAGAAGCAGGACACAAACACCAACUCUGAACGUUCAGUCAGCCUCAAGACGGAUAAGUGUGGACGUCUCCUGCUGGAAACUGCUGCCGACCUGCAGAACCUGCUGCUGCUGAGGAAGACCAGGAGACAACAGAAAGCCACAGUGAGGCCUGCAGCGCCCCCUGCUGUCCACAGAGUGCCUUACUAUGUGGAUGAGGACGACUUCCUCCAGGCCUGUAAUCAGAACCAGCUGCUGCUGAUUGACAGAUACCUGUCCACAGGUGGAGACGUCAACGCCUGCGACUCGUUUGAGCGUACAGGUCUGCACAGAGCCAGUUCUCAGGGACACGCCGAGGUCGUCUUUAAGCUGCUGGAGGCUGGAGCCGACGUCCACCGUAGGGACAAGCUGUGGUCCACAUGUCUUCAUUCUGCCUGUCGAGGAGGACAUCUGUCUGUCCUCAAACUGCUGUUGGACCAUGGAGGAGACAUCACUGCAACAGACAAGUUGGACAUCACUCCCCUUCAUGUCUCUGUGAGGACUGGACACCUGGACUGUGUUGAACACCUGAUCCAGUGUGGGGCGGAGCUGAACACGCAGGACAGGGAAGGAGACUCUCCUCUACAUGAUGCUGUUCGACUCAACCGCUCCAAACUGAUCCAACUGCUGCUAGAACACGGAGCCAACACUCACCUGAGGAACCAGAAUGGACUCCUUCCUCUCGAUGGGGUGAUGGUUUGGCAGAAUGACUCUAGGAACCUCCUAACUGAGCACUGCAGCAGGAAGUGAUGUCAGAAUUUAACAUGUUCCACGGAUCUGCUGGUUGUUGCGUGUUUUUAGCGUUUGAAUGUCCGUGUAAUGAUCCUGCAUGUUAGUAGUGUGUAGCAGGACAUCAGAUCUGAGCUGCUCUGUUUAAAGAAUCAACAUUAAAACAUCUUCAAACAUCUCAGCAAUGUGGUUCUUCAGAGGAGCGAUGGAGAACAGUUCCGGUGGAACUUGUGAAGGGAGGAGAGAAUGGUUUUAGUGGAAUGUGACGGGAGGAAAGAAUGGUUUUAGUGGAAUGUGUAAAGGGAGGAGAGAGCGGUUCUGGUAGAAGUUUAGACUUCUAGUGAUGGUUUCUGAUUCCUCAUCUUAGAGUUUUGUUUGUAGUUUGGUUUUAGUUUUAGUGGUUGCUUUCAGUUUCCCUUUUUGAAUAAUCACUGUAUUCCAAUCUUGUUUUUGUAAAAAUAAAAUCUUUAUUUAAUUCCGA